AUGUCUGGUUUCAAAGCGAAGGGCAGGGCUGGCUUCGUCAGAACCUUCGACGGAAACCUGGGUCGCACUGUGUCUGUGUGUCUGUCCCUGUCCCUGUCAGCCUCUACAAACAACCCCGGAGGAGGCAGCGUGGCCUUUUUCAGUGGCAGGGGGCGGGGGGGGGGGGGGGGGGGUUUAUUUCUCUUAUUCCAGCCUUCACGGGAGGCUCUGUCUGUCCCAGGGUACGUGACGACCAUACUGGAAGACGCAAAGAUUUACUCCAGCCACGCCAAGAAAUCCAGCGUGGAUGCAGACGACGUGAGGCUGGCGAUCCAGUGUCGAACAGACCAGUCGUUUACCUCCCCGCCGCCCAGAGACUUCCUGCUAGAUAUCGCCAGGCAGAAAAACCAGACGCCGUUGCCGUUGAUAAAGCCGUAUUCCGGACCCAGGCUUCCGCCUGACAGGUACUGCCUGACAGCUCCCAACUACAGGCUGAAGUCCUUGCAGAAGAAGGUCUCUUCCUCUGCAGGAAGAAUAACGGUCCCUCGCCUGAGCGUCGGUGCUGUGAGCAGCAGGCCCAGCACUCCUACUUUAGGGACCCCUUCAGCACAAACAGUAUCCGUGUCAGCAAAAGUUGGCACGCCAGUGUCGCUGACCGGGCAGAGGUUCACCGUGCAGAUCCCCUCCUCGCAGGCAGCCGUCAAGUCAGCCACACCGACUACUCCGACAGUUCAGAAUGUUCUAAUUAAUCCUUCGUUAAUCGGACCAAAGAACAUUCUUAUUACUACAAAUAUGGUGUCAUCGCAGAACACAUCGAGUGAAUCAAAUCCCUUGAAGAGGAAGCACGAAGACGAUGACGACUACGAUAACUUGUGAAGAGACUGCCCGGUCCCCUUCCGUUCUUCGGUGAUUCAUAUUGAGUCUGACAAGGCUUUUGCCAGGAGUUCUUUGUAGACGGCGUGAGAGCGUGCAAAUACUCUGCUACUGCGCGGCUGGGUGUGGAGCGAGAGAGGGGCCCCUCGCCUGUGGAAAGAGGAGGAAGCAGCUCAUCUUCCUCUGCGUCUCUCGAGCCUCAGCAGCAGCGCUGAGCGCCGGUCGCUGUUAGGCAGAACGGGCUUCGCCUCGCUUCUGUCGCCUUCUUUCUGACAGACACGGCCGCGUCUCUGACGCCUGCUGAGCCAGGUGCCGAGUAAAAGUAAUUUUUAGAAAACACUUGGUGGUGUGACGUAGAUAUUUCAUUUCAAACAGCCUCAGAACCGGAGUCCUGGGUGAGGUAGGGCAUAGCUGGGGAGUGUCAGCCUUUUUUUGUUUGGUUUUAUUCCCCCCCCCCCAAAGCCAUUUGGUGCUUCUGGGUUGUGUUUGCUGCGUACGCUGUUCUCCAGCUGCGGUUCCAGGGGGCGCGAAGACUUUCUCUCGGCAGCAGAAAUGCAGAGAAGAGGUAGAGGAGGGGGUUUGGGGGGAAGGCUUCCUUAGGCUGCCCUCCCCACCCCCUUAACACGUCGUUCCUGUUGACCUAUGCCAGUACCCACAACUCGGAGGUCAAACCCCGGCCAAGAUUUGUUCGUUAUUUAUUUCCAAAGCGCUGCUGCACCUCUGUCAGUCGUCGCUUCGUUAAGCUUGUGCUUGUGUAUCUGGGCUGUGGAUAAAACGUCGCUGUCGGCGUGGCACAGGGCGGGAUCCGGCGAAGGGCAAAGCGCCAGAGCGUGGCUGCGAGGGUCGGGUCCCUGCCGCUGCUUUUGGGCCCUAUCAGGAUCCCAAGUCGGCUCUGCUGGAAGACUGAAUAAAU